AUGUCGCACCCCCAUGACGACGUCAACAUGGACUCCGGCCCCAUCCGCAAUCGCUUCCCGACGCUGUUUGAGGUGCUGAGCCGCAAGACGGUCGCGCCCCUCGACCUCUUCUCCUUUUACAUCUACAUGCGAGACCAGCAGCGGUCCGUCGACUACCUCGACUUCUGGCUCGACGUCUCGCAACACCUUCAGCUAUGCCGCCUGUAUGUGCGCAGAUUGCACCGGAGCAUGAUUGAGGAAACGCCCGACAUGGAGAAGCGCAGCAGGCAUUCUUCCUUUUCACCGGACAAUGCCGGAGAAGGCCCCUCCAACGAGAAGGACAUGUCCGACCAACGCCUGUCCGCUUUCAUUCGCUCAGAAGGAGGAAGUCGCAACCAUUCGCCGCAAAACAGCCAGAGCAGCAACCAGAGUCGCGACCUUACACGGCCCAGCCCAUAUGCCUCAGAGACAACACCCGGUGGUUCGACCUCGCCCGGCCUUAACUCAUCUGCCGACAACACACAGCCACGGAGAGAGGACCUGCGUGCGUCUGCCGAAAAGAUUCUGUAUACAUAUCUGCUCCCCGGAUCCGAAAGAGAGAUUAUCAUUCCCCAAAGCAUCCUUGCCGAUGUUCAGGAAGCCAUUGAGGGACCAGACCAGCGUGCGGACCCGGAACUUUUUGACCAUGCCAAAGACUAUGUCUUCCAAGCAAUGGAGCGCGACGCAUACCCCGGUUUCCUGCAGAACAAAGGACUCGGCAAUCUUGUGCCGCAGAGCAUGAUGGUGCGACUUAUUGUGGGAUUGAUCAGCUUCUUCGCAGCCAUGUGGACUUCCUUUAUCCUCAUCUUCUUGGACAAGUCGCGGUCAACACGGUGCUGGAUCAUCCUUCCAUUCACCAUUGCUAUUUACCUCAUCUUCACACACCAGUACAUGCUCGACCCCAUCAUUGCAAUUGCCGGGUUCAGCGAGUACACUUUCUUUGACUUCAACAAGAUCAGGGAGCCGUUUGUGAAGAAGACGCUUACGAGACGCUCGAUCACUGUUCUGGUCAUGUUCUUGGUCGUUACUAUCGCUCUCUGCUGUCUCUUCAUCUUUGUUCCAGGCAAGCGCUUAUGA